AUGCACUACACGACAUGUCCCGCGACUAGCCAAGCCUGCCAGAUGUUUUACGACGAGCGUUGCCUUCCGAAACCGGGUUUCUCUCAUGGUUGUCGAGUGAUAUUUGUCUUCUUCACCUUUCACAAUACGAGCCUCGCAUGUCACCGCCCUGAACAACCAGAUCGGCAAGCUAACCACCGCCCACCGACCCAGCGUCGGCUCACCAAAAACCAACCACAUCCCCGAGAGAACCACACAGAGAUAAACAGAACGCCGGAUCCCAGCUCGACUCUGCAUGACCCAGAUCAGCAACCUUAUUACUACCUCAAUACACACACACUCUCUCUCUCUCUCGCUCUCUCGCCUUACGUCCCCGUCUCCUUCCGCCGUUCCGAUUCCACAACGACGGAUGGCCCAGCCUUUACACGCUCGGCGAUUACAUCAGCAUCACCCCACAUCAUCCGCGACGUCUAG